AUGAAUAUUGCUUCUUCUUGUCCAAUUUUAAUGACUAAUAACUAUUACGCGCAGUUCGUAGCGCAAACUGUCAAGAAUGUGGAAGGCGAUAUUGAUGUGGUAUUAACACAUUCUAAGAGUGUUUAUGAGCAAACUACUAAAAUUGAAGCAUCACAGUUGCAACUAAAAGAAGGCCAAGAGGACAUGAAGAGGAAUUUAGAGGAUGGAGUAGCAUUGCUUAAAGAAUCUUAUAGUUAUUUGGGGAAGGAAAUUGAAAAGUUGAGAGAUGAAGCCAUUGAGAUUGAGAAUGAGGUGAUCAAAGUUGGCGAUGCAAUGUCAUCGAAGAUGAACAAUUUACAAAACAAAGCCCAAGAUAUUGGAAAUAUGGCCGGGAUCUCUUUAGAUAAACAACAACAACUUUUAGACGGACAGUCCACCGCACUCAAAGGACUAAAUUCAUUGAAUGAACUUCAAUUCAAAGCACUCGAAGAGAGCAGGAAAAGCUUGCAAUAUUUUGCACAAUAUGGACAUAGGCAACAAGAAGAGCUUCUUAAGAGGCAGGAACAAAUUCAAGGACUACAUGAUAGGUUAAUGGAAAAUUCAAAAACAAUAUUGUCUGCUCAGGAAUCCUUUGAAGCAAAACAGGCUACUAUGUUUGUUGCAUUGGAUAAACUUUUUGCUUUGCAAAAUGCCAUGUUGCUUGAAUCAAGAGUUAUUAAAGCUUUCUUCAUUUAUUUCAUAUCGAUCUGUGUCGUCUUUAUGUUGACUAGCACGAAACUGACCUAUAAUAUCAGACCUUUACUUUACAUCGAACUUUGUGCUACUCUCGUGGUUGAAGUACUACUUAUUCGUUUAAUAAGCGACGACAACAUGGAGAAACAAACAUGGAUUAUCAACAAAGUGAGGUUACUUUUCAUGGUAGCGGCUUUGGUUCAACUUUUAUACGCAAUUUGCACGUACAAAGACUUUGAAAGGAUGAACCAUCAAAUGCUACUAACACUAGUUAACAAGAUUAACAACAUUCAAAAUAUAGAAGAGACGUCUUCAAACCUCGAUAAUGAUGAUGACGAUAUAAAUUGGUCUCAAUGGAUAGAUAACGAUUUAUCUAAAGAUGUCAAUGAUCUGGAUGAUCCCGACUUUAUAAUUCCAGAAGAAGUUGCAGAAAAAUCAAUCAUAAUCUCUCCAAAUACAAAAAGUUAUAAUUUACGCUUGCUCAACCGGUUACAUUAA